GCACCCUGCAAGAGGGUAAAGAGGGGCGGAGCGACGUAAGGACCACGAACCGGAGAUCCUUUGAAAACAUUGAGGUUGUGGACAAAACAUUUAAAAGACCUUGAUCGACGAUUGACUGAUUUAAAAUAUACGUUACACCGUAGAAUAAGGGAUCAGUCAUCAGGAUGAAUGGAGAUUCAGGUGCUGGGGUGGUGACAGCCCCCCCGCCCACCAACCCCCCCCACAAGGAGCGCUACUUUGACCGUGUCGAUGAGAGCAAUCCCGAGUAUCAACGAGAGAGGAACAUGGCACCCGAUCUACGGCAAGACUUCAACAUGAUGGAGCAGAGGAAGAGGGUUUCCAUGAUCCUACAGAGUCCGGCCUUCUGUGAUGAGUUGGAGUCCAUGAUCCAGGACCAGCUAAAGAAAGGGAAAACACCCACCAGUCUGCUGGCGCUGCAGCAGAUCGCUGACUUCAUGACCACUAGCGUGCCCACCAUGUACCCAGCGGCCCCACAGGGGGGCAUGGCUGCCCUCAACAUGAGUCUGGGAAUGGUGACUCCAGUGAAUGACCUGCGCGGCUCCGACUCCAUUGCCUAUGAGAAGGGGGAGAAGCUUCUGCGCUGUAAGCUGGCCGCUUUCUACCGGUUGGCUGACCUGUUUGGCUGGUCUCAGCUCAUCUAUAACCACCUGACUGUCCGUCUGAAUUCAGAUCAAGAGCGGUUUCUGAUUGUCCCAUUUGGGCUUCUCUACAGUGAGGUGUCCGCCUCUAGUCUGGUCAAGAUCAACUUGCAGGGGGAGAUUGUGGAUAGAGGCAGCACCAACCUUGGUGUGAACCAGGCUGGGUUCAUGCUUCAUUCCGCCAUCUAUGCUGCGCGACCCGAUGUCAAGUGCAUUGUGCACAUUCACACGCCUGCUGGAGCCGCUGUAUCAGCCAUGAAGUGUGGCCUGCUGCCCAUCUCUCCAGAGGCCUUGGCACUGGGGGAGGUAACCUACCAUGACUACCAUGGCAUCUUGGUGGACGAAGAGGAAAACGUCCUCAUUCAGAAGAACUUGGGUCCCACAAGCAAGGUGCUGAUCCUAAGAAACCAUGGGCUGGUGUCUGUUGGUGAAACUGUAGAAGAAGCCUUUUACUAUAUUCAUAACCUUGUAACAGCAUGUGAAAUUCAGGUGCGUACUCUGGCUAGUGCAGGAGGACCUGAUAACCUGGUGAUGUUGGAUCCGGAAAAGUACAAGGCCCGUCCCCGGCACCUGGAGCCAGCCUCAGACCCGGCCAGCACCCACCCUAAGUGGCUGGUCGGAGAGCAGGAAUUUGAGGCACUGAUGCGGAUGCUGGAUAAUCUGGGCUACCGGACAGGUUACCCGUACCGCUGCCCUUCACUGCGCGACAAAGCUAAAAAGUACAGUGACGUAGAGAUCCCCCCCUCAGCCACGGGCUACUCGUACGCUGAGGACAGUGACUCGGGUGCGCGCUCUCCCCUCAAGCACAGCUUUCAGCGGCAGCAGCGUGACAAAAGCCGCUGGCUGAGCUCGGGCCGGCCCGACGAGGCCUGCGAAGACGGGCCGGACGGCGGAAGCCCAAAGGCGAAGACUAAGGUGUGGACGAACAUUUCACACGAUCACGUCAAACCCUUGCUGCAGUCUCUCUCGUCCGGUGUCUGCGUGCCAAGCUGUAUUACCAACUGCUUGUGGACCAAGGAGGAAGGACUUCGACAGGCUGCUGUGGCCAAUCAAUUCGUCCCACUCAACACAAAUCCAAAGGAAGUUCAGGAGAUGCGAAACAAGAUCCGGGAGCAGAAUCUGCAAGACAUAAAGACAGCUGGACCGCAGUCCCAGGUGCUGUCUGGUCCUGUGGUGGACCGGUCAGUUGGCCAGAGGGUGACUGUCUGGCAGGACGCCCCUCUGUCUGACUGCACGGACUCUAUCGAUGGCCUUGAUCUGUCUGAGCAGGUCUAUAGCCCUGCUAGGUCUAUUAGAAAGGGGGAACUAGUGACUGCCUCCAAAGCCAUUAUUGAGAAGGAGUACCAGCCACGAGUUAUCGUCAGCAAGACUGGACCGAACCCGUUCACCAAGCUCACAGACCAGGACAUGGAGGAGUACCGCCGGGAGGUGGAGCUCAACCAGAAAGGUGUGGAAGUACAGGUUGAAAGCAGGACCCCUUCCAAGCCCAGGCUUACUGGAGAGAGUAGUUCCAUCCCUUGCCCUGCAGGGGACCACGUGAGGUUAACCCUCAGUAAGGCAAAGGCAGAUGAAGAGUGCGAGGAGUCCACCAUCUUGGCUGCCACGUCCUGCUCCUUCGCUCCCAGCCGAGACCGGGGGUCGGGCUCCAACUCGGCCGAGAGGAGCUGCUCAUCCCCAGGAGGGGCCACCGCAUCCUCCCACUCCCCCCACAAGGACUUUCACUAUGCCGUACUGCGAGCGUUGAGCUCCAACACUCAAAUGGCGGUUGAGCGUGAGUCUCCAGACCAGCAACAAGAGCCUGAGGAGGGCGAGGUGAAGGAGCAGAGCCCCACGGUCACCCCUCCCAGUACCCCAGUCCGACCAGAAGAAGAGUCCCAGCGAGAUCAGACCUUUAAGGAUGAGAGUGACGCAGCCACACUGAGACAGACCCUCCCCGAUCUGACCCCAGAUGACCCCUUCGAAGCCCCCGCACUUCCCGCUGAAGACUCUGGCCCAACCCAGGCAGACCUUACACAACAAACGGAAGGGGAUGAAGCAGGCGGUCCUGAUGAUGCUGCCGACCAAGGCAGCGAUGAGUCGCCCAGCAAAUCCCCCUCCAAGAAAAAGAAGAAGUUUCGAACACCAUCCUUCCUGAAGAAAAACAAAAAGAAGACCGAGACCUAGCUGUCUGAUUUGGGGAAAAGGCCUUUUUCCUCUGUUUUAGUUGAAUCUUUUAUAUAUGUUCUCCUACAGUGCAGUGUGUGCCAAUUUUUUUUUUUUUUUUUUUUAGAACAGUGGCUCAGAAUUCCUUUUAGUUUUGUUAGCGGCUUUUACUGAUGAAUGACUGCAUCAUGUCUGCUCCAGUAUGGUCGUGUGGCUUUUUUCGCAUGUUUGUUUUGGCCCACAUAUAAAGUGAGCUGUUGAUUUGAUAUUUUUAAGAAAAGACGGCUAUACCCAGUUAAUCACCCGAAUGUAUUGGGAUUGUAUAAAAAUUGUACUCAAGUGUCUUUUAAAAAAUGAAUGCAAAAAUAAGCUUUUAAUCAUGCUACUUAUGGUAUAAAAUAACAAUUAUGGAUUUACAAAAUGCACGGUGCUGAUUUCUGAUGUAUAUUACAUGCAAUCCUGUCAUUCUUUGGAGAUGGCCAUUUGCAUUGUCUGAUGAGGCUAAAUAUAAUCAUGACCUCAACAAUAUAUUAUGGAAAAAUGACAGAUGAAUGCUAGAAGUCAUGAGCAAAUGUAUUGGGCUUUGACAGGCUCUCACCCCAAGGCCACCCAAAUGGAAACCAUGAAAAUGCAAUCUUCACUGUACCUUUACUAGCCUGAAGUUGAGGAUAGGCCUAGUUUGAAGUAAUGUUUUACUGUGUUUUAAUUAUUGAGGAAAACUAUAUGCAGUUUUGUUCUUUUGUUUUUUUUGUAUUAUUAUUUGUUAAAUUACUCAUGUAUUACCUGAAGAAACCAUCAGGCCCCUAAUCAGCGCAAGCCGUGUUUGAUAUUAGGCUUCCCAGGGACAAUGAGGUCCCCCAGAUGUGUUUGAUAUUAGGCUUACCAGGGACAAUGAGGUCCUCCAGACGCCAAAUAAUGGAACCAAAAGAAUCUUCUACUUCACAAAUUCACACAAUAGGCUAGGCUACUUUCAAAUGGCCUUUUAAUGGAGUUUUAAUUUGUGACUACUCUUUACAUGCAUUACAUUCAUAUACAUCAGAUACAUAUGCAUAUACACACAUCACUGUAGGAAGUACACUGCCUGGCCAAAAAAAAGGUCACACACUCUAAUAUUCCGUUGGACCGUCUUUAGCUUUGAUUACGGUAUGCACUUGCUGUGGCCUCGUUUCCACAAGCUUCUGCAAUGUCACAACAUUUAUUUCCGUCCAGCGUUGCAUUCAUUUUUCGCCAAGAUCUUGUAUUGAUGACGGGAGAUUCGGACCAUUGCACAAAGUCUUCUCCAGCACACCCCAAAGAUUCUCAAUGGGGUUAAGGUCUGGACUCUGUGCCGGGUGAUGAUUUUUCAUGCUCCCUGAACCACUCUUUCACAAUUUGAGCCCGAUGAAUCCUUCGAGUAUGCCCGUGCCAUCAGGGAAGAAAAAAUCCAUUGAUGGCAUAAUCUGGUCAUUCAGUAUAGGUAGUCAGCUGACCUCGUUUCUUUGGGCACUUUGGGUUGCUAAACCUAUACCUGACCAACUGCAGUAACCCUAGAUCAUAGCACUGCCCCCACAGGGAGGCUCUUACCUAUUUUUCUUAGUUAAAUCCAGGUGGUGACCUUUUUUUGGCCAGGCAGUGUAUAUUCCCUGUAAAAAGUCUGUAAAAGUAGUUGUGCCUCAUGGGGAUCAGACAGAGGAACUGAGGAGCAUAUGCCCUUAGUCUUCCUAUCCUUCCCUCUGUUCUGGUCCAGAGAAACAAAUGAAUUAGUCAGACUUGAGAACAAGGAUAUUGAGAUGUACCAUACCCAUAAAACUCUUAAGUCUUUAGAGUUUGUGCUUUUCAUAAGAAUAAGCAUCUGAGCCAUUCUUAACGCAUUAUGUGUGUGAAAACCACUGUGAGAAUCCUCAGAAAACCACUGCCUGACACAGAGAUCUGUUGCUUCCCUCUCAGCAGAGUGUUUGUGUAGUAACGUUACCACUCUGUUCAGGGCAACACAAAGAUAAUUAGGACACCACAGUAACUGUGAGUAGGGUACUUAAUGCAAACUGGAUUUUUGUCUUUUAGGUUGGCUAAGACUGGACCAGUUAUUACCACACUAAUAAGGCUUGGUUAGACCACUAUUAAAUCAGUAUGUAUUUUGUGCAAACUGACAACAUAGACGUUUCUAAAAGGACUGCAUGGCAUUAAAAGCUUAAGCUUGUAUUGUUUAUUUUCUGUACAUUUAAUGCUGUAUCCCUGUUUCUUCCAUAAUGUGCCCAACUGGCAUUUUACAUAUAGCCUAAUAACAUGACUAAGUCACACUUUGUUUUGAGUGUUUAGAAUUAAUUAUGUUGUUUUAUUAUAAACAUGCAGCUAUGUUGAACCUGUUGUGUUCUGAUUCCUUUCUGUGAACAUCUGCAUUUCCAUGGAACUGUUUAAUUUGUAUCCAUGAUUAAAAUUCUCCUUCUAAUCCCAAA